AUGGCGCUCGAUGGCAAAGCGAUAAUUAAGGAGGAGAUUACCGACAAGGACGCAUAUGACGCGGCCACAGCGGCAGCAGCAGCAGCAGCGGCCGCGGUCGCAGUGGCGACAUCAACAGCUGUCGUCCCCACCGCCCCCUCAAUAGCAACAGCAGCAGCAGCAGCAGCGGCGGCGGCAGCAGCCAACACAGCAGCAGCAACAAAUGCGGCUGCAAUUAGUCGAAGGCUUAAAGGUGACAGCAGCAGCAGCGACAAGAGCAGCAAUUCCACCAGCAGCAACAGCAGCAGCAGCAACAGCAGCAGCAGCAGCAAGGACAACAAUUCACAAGCCAGCAGCACACACACGCCCAAUGGCAGUCGAGAGCGUGAGCGACACUGCCGCACGCCGCCGGACUCGCCACCACGCACGCCACCGCAUGCACAUUCGCCACAGCAACAGCAGCAGCAGCAACAACAGCAGCAGCAGCAGCAGCUGCAGCAGCGACCAUUGCGCAAUGCAAGCGCCUCGCCUGUUGUCAAUGGCAGCAGCAGCGGCAAUUCGCCCACGCCUACGCCACAUGCAGCAACGCUGGCUGCCGCUGCUGCCGCCGCUGCUGCUGCUGCGCAUGUGGAGCAGGCGCGACUGCUGUCCAAGCUGCGCAAAUUUCUGGGCGCGCUGCUGCAAUUCGCUCAGGAACUGGCACAACCGGAGCUAAGCGAACGCGUGCGCGCUUUGAUACUGUCGCUCUGCAGCGGCGCCAUUUCGCUCGAGGAGUUUCGCCUGGCGCUGCAGGAGGCCAUACAAUUGCCACUGCGUCCGUAUGUGAUGCCGCUGCUCAAGCAAAGCGUUGCGCUUAUGCAGCGCGAAAUUCUGGCGCUUGCACGCGCCACAAAUCAAACGCCGCUGCAAUAUGUGAGCAGCAAUGAGCAGGCGGUGAUGGAGCUAACGCCGCAUGGACUCAACAGCGAGUUUGGCGACAUCUUUGUGCCGCUCGAGCAGCAGCAGCAGCAAUCGGCUGGCAGCAAUGGCGCUGCGCUGUUUAAGCGACGCAGCUCAGACUCAAUGAUGGAGCAUGGCGGGCACAAUGGAAAUUUGCAGGAAUGGUCGGAGUACGCCGCUUACGCUCAGCCGCCCAGCAAGCGACUGGCGCUGCAUCCAGCGAGCGGCCACUCGCUCGUCGCCUUUGACUACAGCGCUGCAGCAGCAGCAGCGGCAGCGGCUGCCGCUAGCGACAACUACUUGCAACGCGAUGAGCGUGAGCUGCAGCGUCAUGCGCCGCCGCAAGUGUCGCGCAAUCCAAGCGCUGCUGCUAAUGGUGGCGGCGGCGCAGCUGCUGCUGCUGCUGCUGGCGGCGAGGAGGAAUGGAAAAACAUACACACCAUGCUCAACUGCAUCUCGGCCAUGGUGGACAAGACCAAGCGCGCCAUCACAAUCUUGCAGCAGCGCGGCAUUGAGCCGCAGCAUGGCCAGAGCAGCAACUGCCAGGAGGUCACGCCCGCUGCCAUGGCCGAGCUGCGACGCCAAACCGAAGAGAAAGUCGCCGAGUUCAAGCGAAAUGCGGAGGAUGCAGUUACUCAGGUCAAGCGUCAGGCUGUCAUUGAAAUUCAGCGCGCUGUUGUUGCCGCUGAAACGCGCGCUGCCGAAAUUAUGACCCAGGAGCGUCUGCGCAUGGAGAAAUUCUUCAUGGAGAUGAGUCGUCAUUCCAGUGGUGAGCGUGAUCUCGAUAACAAGUCGCCAUCGAUUACCAGCGCACAAAAUGGCAGCAAUCUGCAGCAGCAAUGCUGGAACUGCGGCCGCAAGGCAACCGAGACGUGCUCCGGCUGCAACAUGGCGCGCUACUGCAGCGCCUCAUGUCAAUACAGGGACUGGGAUAGCCAUCACCAGGUGUGUGGCAAUUCACGUGCAACAGAGCUGAGCGCCAAGCAUCUGCAUGCGGCAAGUGCCAGCGGAUUACGCAGCGCAAUGGCGACGCGAUCACCACCAACGCCCACAGCAGCAGCAGCGGCGGCGGCGGCAGCAGCGGCGGCGCAUCUACAAGCAGCAGCAGCUGCUGCAAGUGUGCGCGAUGUGGCAAGUGGAGCAGCUGGCGGCGCUGUGGCAGCUGCGGCUGCAUCGGCGGCGCCCCGUGCGCUGGGGCCCAAUGGUUUGGGCUCCAAAUGACGCAUUCGCAUGAUGAAACCCAAAAAGAAAAUAUUUGUGCUAGUCAACAAAACAUGCGAGCGUUAAAUAAAAUACAUAAAUAAAAUACAUAAUAAAUUA